CACGUCCUUGGCUGCGUUGCAGAAAUUGCAGCCCUGUUUUCUACCACUCAGCACACCACUCUGCUUACAAAGUAACAGUUCUCAUCGUUUAAUUUCAUGGCUAAGCUCUGUUUCAUCCACACUCUCUGUCCCUUUAUCUUCCUCUUUUUCUGUAACGGCUCCUUGGGGGACUAUCUCAUCGGCGUGAACUACGGAACCGUCGCAGACAACCUCCCACCGCCGACCCAAGUCGCCGCCUUCAUCAGGGACCAAACCACCAUUAACAAAAUCAAAAUCUUCGAUGCAAACCCAGAAAUCAUCCGCGCAUUCGCUAACACCGGCGUCUGGGUUAAAAUCACGGUCCCAAACGGCGAUAUUUUAACUGUUUCCAAACCGGCCGGUGCACAAUCAUGGGUAGAUGAAAAUGUUGUUCCUUAUUAUCCACAAACGAAAAUAGAUCGCAUUUGCGUUGGAAAUGAGGUCAUAGCCACUAGUGACAAAAAUCUCAUCGCGCAUUUAGUCCCCGCCAUGAAAGCAAUUCACGAAGCUCUGUUACAAGUUGGAAUUAAUGAUAUCCAGGUGUCAACACCACAUUCAUUGGGAAUCAUGUCCCGCUCCGAACCUCCCAGUUCGGGUCGGUUCAGACGCGGGUACGAUCGGGUAAUAUUUGCCCCAAUGCUAGAAUUUCACCGUGAAACCAAAUCACCCUUCAUGAUUUGUCCGUACCCAUAUUUUGGGUUUAACGAUAAAACCCUAGAUUAUGCCCUGUUUAAACCAAACGCUGGGGUUUACGAUGAAGUUACGGGGAUGAAUUACACAAACAUGUUUGAUGCACAGGUCGAUGCUGUGUAUUCGGCGAUGAAGUUAUUGGAUUAUGACGACGUGGAUAUCGUUGUGGCGGAAACGGGUUGGCCUUCUGCGGGUGACCCGAACCAACCGGGUGUCAGUUUGGAGAAUGCUGUUUCGUACAAUGUGAACCUCGUGAGGCAUGUGAACUCCGGUGUGGGAACGCCGUUGAUGCCUAACAGGACCUUUGAGACUUACGUUUUCUCCCUGUUCAAUGAAGACCUUAAGCCUAGCACUUCGGAGCGUAACUUCGGAUUGUUUCGACCCGACUUCAGCCCAGUUUACGAUGUGGGCGUUCUGCGUAAUACACAGACUUCUCCCCCAGCUAUGGCACCGGAAGUGGAUAAGAAAUGGUGUGUGCCAAGGACAGAUGCUAGUGAUGCAGCUCUGCAGUCGAAUAUAGAUUUCGUGUGUAGUUCGGGAAUAGAUUGUCAGCCUAUACAAGAUGGUGGCUCUUGCUAUGAGCCCAAUACGGUUAGAGCUCAUGCAGCUUAUUCCAUGAACGCUUAUUAUCAAGCAAACGGUCGUAAAGAUUUGGAUUGCGACUUCAUUAAUACCGGUGUUGUCACCAUGUCUGAUCCUAGUUACGAAGCAUGUACGUAUGCUGCUUAAAGGAGCAACUGCGGAUCUAGUAAGUUGCUGGCUCUUUGUUUCGAGCAUUGGAUCGCAUGUUCAGAUAAUAGAGAAUUAAUAAACUAAACUAUACAUUUUGGCAUAGUCCCAUGGGUUGUUACGCUAGCUGUAACUUUUUGUCAUUUGAAGUCUCAAGAGUUCUAUAUAUAUAUGCUUUGCA